CUGGAUGUCCACUACUAGCAUUGUCAAAGAUGAUCUUCUCCUUAAAACUUUGUCACUAAGAGACAGCCAAACUUGAGUCAACAAGGCAUCUUUUUAAAUCGAGUGUGAAAAUGCGUUGGAGUUAGUUGGGGGCAAAAUGUCUCUGUCCUGUAUAAACUUUCUUAUUAUUUAAUUUCAUUAAACUUGUUCGAACUAAAAUGAAAAAAUAAAAAGAAAGUAAAAAGAAAGUAAAAAGAAGUCUAAACCUUGAGGCAGAUGGCCAAGUAUAAAUUAUUUACAUUGUCAAAAAAGAAAUAAAAAAAUAACACAACAGAAUGUAUUCAAUAAAAUGGUAAAAACAUACUUUGGCGAAAUGUGUGAUAAGAAAAUGGGCUUGUUUUUAUAUAUAAGGAAAUUACUAACUUAGAGGAGAAGUAGGCGAAAUUAUUUUCUUUGGAAAUAUCUUUAAAGAAACUUGUUGCUUUUUAACAAUUGGAAGAUGUAAAUGAGAGUUGUACCAUCGAGACAAAUGGAACUUGCAACGCCUCAUCUCACAACAAAGGCUGUUAAGAGCCAAGAAAACUCGUAUGCUACCAUUAUGAAGUACAUUCUUGAAAACGAUCAUGUGACCGACUUAUGGCGGGAAAACAAGUCUUCGAAUGAAUUGGCACAAAAAAGAGCUAAUUUCUUCUUAAGCUCGAUCCAGAAGCCUGUUGUAAUGGAAAAAGAUUUUGUCGUUGGAUCCUCGGGAGCAUUUGAUAAUGAAGAUAGGGAUGUUCUUUUAAAUAACAAUGCUACGCGUCAACCGGUAUUGGCAUCCGACAUUGUAUCUGUUGUGCCAGAUUCUCAAGGACCGGUCGAUGUUGCAUCAAGUAACGAGUGUUUUGUUAAUAAAGAGGUACGCUCAUGCUCACCUAUAUUAGAUGAAAACAACAAUAACAAUAACAAUGGAGCAGCAGUCGAUUACACUAUAAAAGCUGCAAAUAUUUUUCAAAAUUAUGGUACAUCAUACGACUUAGUCCAAACAGAGUUGCCUUAUACACCUGAAAAAUAUGUUGAAAACACUAGAGUUGAUAACUGGACUGUCCAGCUUGCUAAACCAAAUGAAACAGAAGAAGUAACCGAAGAAGGACUUACAUAUUCCAGUAACUCUCCGAUCACUCCCAUGUAUAAUGUGCCAACUGAGAAAAACAUCGAAGUUCUCGAAGUACCAAAUGUGAAACUAAAUUCAGUCAAACGAAGACGUUCUUCAGUCGAUAGUGGAAUAAUCGUACGGACACCGAGCGAUAAAUCGACAUUAAGUCAUAAGGUGUAUCGAACAUCGAGUGAAAAAAUCUACCGUAAGCAUAUCUUUAACGAAGUUUUCAAGAAUGGUUCCAAACAUCUUUGUAAAUUGUUUCGUUCUAGUAGUCAGAAGUUGUAUCGAAGCAACCACAACAAGAAAAGAAAUAGUUUUCCUACCUCGACAAAUCUAUCUCGAAACAACAGCAGUUUAAGCGACUCGUUUUUGCAGAGUGAAUCAUUUUCUUUGGAAGCAAUCUCAAAACAAAGUAUAGAACCAAAAAGAACUGAUCAAAGUAUUAACGCUUCUAAUAUAUUAAAGGACGAAUACGAAAGAAAACGAUCACAACCCGAAAGAUUUCAUCACCUGCCUGAAAACUUUGAGUUUAAACGUGUCGAUCACAUUAAUAUUGAUUCAAAUGAAUCUUUAAGUUCCAAUCCAACAACAACAGUUAAUACCGACCAUAACAUUCCUAUAAGUUGUGGUGAAACACCACGAUACAAUUCCAACUUAUUCUCGUACAGCAACCAGAGUAACGGUAGCAAUAAGGAAGCAAUCACAGAGUCUAGCAACUUGAUUCUACCUAAAGUAACAACAACAAAAUCCGCCACUAAGAGAAGCGUAAGCUUGCAUGUUAAAUUACCGAGCCAACGAGUUAGUGAUUUGUUUGAUAUUUCCAAAUAUUUAGCAAAACAAUCCAAAACUCGUAGAAGUCGUUCCUGUUGCUCCCUUUAUAGAGAUUCAGUUCAAAAUUGUCAUCUUAAGGUCCUUGAUAUUGAUAUUGAGGAAUCUCUUUCCAGAGCGACUAAAAAUCGCAACCCAAAAACUGAAAAACGCAGUAAAAGAACUUAUAAAGAAGUAAAUCAAGGUUGCGAGUUUCGAAUGGGUUUCGACAUUGACGUAGUAGAUGAUAGUGGAAAUUCAUGUUUGCAUCAUGCAUCUAGUAACGGUGAUGUUUCAACUUUAAUUCAUCUACUCAACAGAGGUGGGAAUGUAUGGAAACGUAAUAAAAACAAUCUGUUACCAGUUGAUGUCGCUUUAAACUUUCAAACAGCGAAACUGUUAUCGCAAGCGACUCUCUUUUAUAGCAAUCCAAAUCAUAUUGAUCGAAACAUCGCCACAACGUCAAAAUUAAUCACAGAAUUAUAAAAAUUUAUUCCCUAAUGUAUUAUACGAAAAGAAUACCAUUUCUACCUUUGUCCAACUCAAAGGUCACGCACUUCAUGCAGUAUGACUAAACGCCUUUGACGAUCAAUUUUUUUUGGUUUAACACCAAAAUUAUGCAUCGCAAAUACCUGCAUUUACUAUGCAUUAAUCUCAACGCAAAUAAGAAAUAAUUUUUCAAUUUUGUUAUACAGUUCACAGUUCAUGUUUUUGCUAAAAAGUUUUGAAAUAUAUAUAAAUAUUUGUAAGUUAUUAUUGAAGUAUAAAAAAAAGAUUUGCAUUUUGUAACGAA